CUCAUUUUAAUCAGACAUUUCCGGGCUACAACUGCAACUCAUUAAGAAGAGGUUUCAGUUAGUUUUAAAGUUUCUGAAAAACUGGUUUUCCAGAAAACCGGGACUUCAAGAGCCCUCCGCAGAAACCCAUUUAGGCUUUUUGUCAGCUCGAUGCCCUCUAUCAACUGAGGUAUGAACGAAGAAAAACGGAGAGUAUCACCUCGGGCGGUUCCCUCGUUAGAAAUUUUUAGUUAAUAGAUUAACUAUUUGUGUUUGUUGUCCCGUUUUUUAGUUAUCCGUUUCAGCGUCUGUUCGAUCAUGGGAUCUAAUUAAAAUAAUAAGUUUAUUAAAUUUUGUGUUUUGUUGCUGUAUCUCAUUAUUUGGAUUAUGUCUAUUUGGUUUAAACAUCGGUGGUUUAUCUAUAUUCUUCUUUAUGUUAGCUGAGACUGUUUUAUUGUCAUUAAAUGUUGUUCAUAUAUUAGCCAAAUAUUGUAUGCAUUUAUACACGUUACGACAACAACAAAUAACUACUUCAUCUACAGUAAAUAGUAACAACAAUGAAAAUCGUUUAUUAAUUACCUACUAUUGUGAAUUUAUCUUUGAUAUCUUAACACUCAGCAUUGAUAUAUGUUAUCAUUUACAAAUGUUGUUAUACUGCAAUAUAUUUUUAAGUAUGGCAUCUUUGGUAAUUUGUAUGCAGUUAAAACCAUUGAUCGAUGAACUAAUGCAACGUAUUAAACGACACAAUUUAUAUCGAGUAGCAAUGUUGAAAAUGGAACAAAAAUAUCCGUUAUUAACAAAACAUGAGUUAGGAGAAAAAUUUAAAAAAAAUAAUAAUUAUUCACCGGAUGAAGUCUGUUCUAUUUGUUGGGAAAAAUUUGAAAAAGCAAGAUGCGGACAUUUAUUUCAUCAAAAUUGUCUUCGUAGUUGGUUAGAACAAGAUCCAUCUUGUCCUGUAUGUCGAUUACCACUUCAUGAUGAAACGACUCCGUCAACUCCAACGCCAGCUGUUCCCAAUGUUCCACCUCAACCAGCAGCUAGCUUUAAUUUAUUUUGGCCAUCGUUUACAGUUGGUGCGAAUGCUAGAACAGGUCAACAACAAGAAACCCAACCCACCACGGAUAAUAUUGUGCCACGUCAACGUAAUCAUUUAUUUCGUUUCGAUGGUUCACGAUAUGCCUCAUGGUUACCCAGUUUUAGCGUCGAAGUUACUCAUACACACAAUUUUCCAUUUCGAUUUGGUCGUCAAAGAUUAUCAACUACACAACUCAAUACUAUAGCACAAAAUGUCCAACAAAUAUUUCCUCAAAUACCCUAUGAUAUCAUUUUAAAUGAUUUACAACGUACACAGUCAAUUGAUUUGACAAUUAAUAAUAUUAUAGACAGGCGUAUACAAGAUUUAGAAGUAUUAGAACAACAAGCAGACACAACAGGAAAUAAUUCGGAUUCAUCAGAUACUGAUUCAUUUGGAUCUUUAUCAUCGACUUCUUCACUUUCAAGUUCAGAUGUCGAAGAUUCUGAUACAAGACAAACAACAAAUACCGAUCAUUCAACAUUGUCUGAAACACAAAUUGAUAAUAUCUUAAGUGAUCAAGAAACAUAUACUUGGCCACUUGAUCAUGGUUUACCAUUAUCGAUUCGUAAACAACAUCUUAUCGCUCAUAUGAGACGAUGUUAUGUUAAACGUGAACGUGAUCAACUUCAAAUAAAAUCAGAUGCAAAAUUUACUGAAGACGGUUCUUUACUUGUUCAUAAUCAUUUAGAAAAAAUGACUGAUAAUCGUGUACGUAUUUGGGCCAAAGCUGAACCAUUUACAUUUGGUGCUCUCAAUUCUCCACCACCGCCCGAAAUUUCUUCAUCGAGUUUGAAAGGAAUAGUGAAAUAUAUGAAAAAGAAUGAAAAAUGUGGUUAUCCAAAAAUGAAUUAUAUUUUGUGGCGUCAUAUCGCUUGUCAAAAGUUGCAUAUGAGUGAAGAACUGGCAUGGAUGUAUUUUGAAUCGUAUAGUUUAUUGACAAAUGGUGGAAAUGCCAAGCGUACACAAUUGGAUGCUCAAAUGGCAAAAGCAACGACAUCGGCAGAAAUUGAAAGAUCGAAAGAUUCAAGAAAAGUGGACAGUUUAGCAUUUGUCUUGCUGUUAUUUCUACAAUCAUUUCAUCAUAUUGAUUUAAAAUCGACAUUGUCACGUGAUGAGUGGCCAAAUCGUAAACGAGGUUCAGUCAUUGAUGCCAGAAAAAAUCGAAUUUAUGAUGAACAAACACAUCAAUUAUUUAUUCAAGCUCAUUUAGAUGAUAUGUUAAAUAUUGUUGCUGAUACAGAACAAUAUAAUGAAAUAGCACAAGCAACAUUGAGUUUAGAAGCUGUUACGGCUCUUAGUUUUAUAUUUGAAUGUUCAUUAAGCGAGAAUCAUACCAAAUUGUAUCCAUUACAAGCGUUAAUGAAUUAUAGAUUUAUUCAAGAUGAAAUUGGAAUGUCGACUGUAGGGAAUAAUUCUGUUGUACCAUUCAAAGGAUUAUCGAAUCUAAUACGUCGUUCACUCAUUUCAAAUCCGUUUCAAGUUGGACAAACAAUGAAAUUAGGCACAUUAUUACCAUUGCCAUUCGACAAUCCAACUCAUGAACAACGAUCGGGAAGAGUAUUAUGUAAUUCAAAUUUUGCUGAUGAACAACAUCGUUUUGUUCUUAUGACAAUGAUUAAUCGAUCGUUGAAUGAACAACAUUUGCCGAAUGUAUUUAUGGCUGAAUUUCGUAUUCACCGUUGUAGUUAUUCCUAUAUUUAUAUUUAUGCACCACUUCGAUGUGUUGAAAUUCGAAAAUGUCAUAAUGUAACAAUUGUAUUUGGUUCAAUUGAAACAACAUUGAAAAUAACAGAUUGUGAAAAUGUAUCAAUAUCAGCUGUUUGUCGACGACUUGUUAUUAGUCAAUGUCGUUCAUCAUCAUUUUAUAUUCUUACACCAACUCGUCCACUUGUACAAUUAAAUUGUUCAAAUUUAUUAUUUGCUCCUUAUAAUACAUCCUAUAUUAAACUACCAGAACAUAUGGAAAAAACAGGAUUAUGUAAAGAUUUAAAUUUAUGGAAUAAACCACUUAUUACACAUCCAGCAGGAUAUCGUUCUGAUUUACAAUCUGGUGAAAAAAAUUUGACCCUAGAUGAUUGUUGGUCAUUGAUGAAUCCUGAUGAUUUUUAUCCAAUAAGUACCAUACGUUCAGAAGAUCAACAAAAAGAUUGUUUUAUUCCAUUACCUAUUGAAUAUCAAAAUGCUCUUGAUAAACGUCAAAAAUCAAUAUCAUUAUUAGCAAAUGAAAUAACAGAUGCUCAAUUAAAUCAAGAACAACGACAACGUUUUCAACGUUUUGUUGUUACACAUUUUGAAUCUUGGUUAGAAGCAACAGGAAAUAAAAAAAUACUCGAUCAUUUAUCUAGUCUAGUACUCAAUUGA